AUGUACAAUAUUACAAGCUGGUACUCUGUUGGAAAUUGGUUUUUGAUAGAAUUGGUGGAACAACAAUUAUAUUUGCAUCCGGCGGAAACUUUGUCUAGACUUAAGUAUGAAAAUUCCCUUCUUGGUGUAAAGCUUGAUCAAAACCUUGAUGCUUCCACUCAACCUGAUGUUGCCUUCCCUCAUGUCAAUUUUGUUACUCUUGCGAAUGAUGGCAAGCCACCUGUUUAUUGGGUAAUCGAUACAGAUUGGUUUAUCUUGCAGAAAACCUCCACGAAGAUGAUUGGUUUAGCUGAGCGUCAUGGAGAUCUUUAUGUUCUUCAAGAUUAG